CUCGCUGCCCCUCCCUCCCUCCCUUUCCUCUCCGUCUCAAUCUCACGUUCCUGUCCAAACGAAACCUCCUCCUGUGAAGCUCGCAGCCAUGGGCAGUAUUCCCCAAGAAGCCCCUGCGUCCGUGAAGCAGGGCGAAGGACAUGAUGCUCGCGCUCCCGUGAAGAAUGUCAAGGUGGUGCAAGCGGCCGACUUGCCUCCCGGGCACAUCCUCGCGAAGAUCAAUUGGACCGGCCUUUGCGCUAGUGACAAGAGCUUACUUCAUGAUGAUUGGGUCGGGUUCGGCUUCAAAAUGAUGGAUGCGACGAAUGGCAUUGCAGGCCACGAAGGCGCCGGCACCGUUGCCGCAGUGCACCCCGACGUAGCCGACAUUUGGAAGGUAGGAGACCGCGUGGGCGUCAAGUGGGUGGUAUCCGUCUGCCGCAACUGCGAAUUCUGCACCAACGGGCACGACGAGCUGCACUGCGCGCAGCAGAAGAACUCGGGCUUCAGCGUGCCGGGCACGUUCCAGCAGUACUGCGUGACGGACGGGAGGUACGCGACGCGCAUCCCCGAGGGCGUGACGGAUGAGGAGGCCGGGCCGAUUAUGUGUGGCGGUGUGACUGCUUAUACUGCUUGCAAGCGGUCGGCUGUCAAGCCUGGGCAGUGGAUGGUGGUUAUCGGUGCUGGAGGCGGAUUGGGACAUUUCGGCGUCCAGUACGCCGUCGCCAUGGGCAUGCGCGUCAUCGCCGUCGACGGCGGAGACGAAAAGCGCAAGCUCUGCCUCGACCAGCUCAAGGCGGAGAAAUAUGUCGACUUCACCCAGGUCAAGGACAUUCCGGCGCACAUCAAGGAGAUCACGACAUACGGGGCUCAUGGGUCGAUUGUCUUUGCGGCGAGCAAGGAAGGCUAUGCUCUUGGUCCGCAGGUGCUUCGUCCGGGCGGGACUAUGGUUGCCGUCGGAUUGCCGCAAGAUACCAGCGUGAUGGCUGGCGUGCCUCCUCUCCAGCUCGCUUUGAACAAGUUGAAUAUUGUUGGCAGCGUGACCGGGACUCUAAAGGAUGUGGAAGAGGCCCUGGAGUUCACGGCGCGAGGACUUGUGCACCCCAUUCUUACCAAGGGAACUCUGCACGACGUGGACAAGUUCUGCGAGCUCAUGAUUGCCGGCAAAUUACCCGGUCGAGCUGUCAUGAAGAUUGAGUAAGAGCUGGGAGAUGUGCUGGAGGAAGUGGAAGGUGUGAACAAGAUACUCGAGAGACUGUUACCUUUGCUCUGAAAACGCAUCUUCGUUGCGCCGUCUGUCCCCGCGUUCGCAUUUCUUUUCGAGUGUCGCAAUGGACAUGAAGUGCAGUUAAGCAUUCAAUGUCUGCCAUCAAGGUUGCGAUUUUGCAUUCCACGGUGUAAGGUAUGUGUUGGGAUCUCGACCCCGUCACCAUAUGCUGCAACCCAGCCAAGGCCAGCCUAACCUCGGAUCAAUGGAUGCGCGGCCCGUGCCCGAAGCGUGUUCUCCACCUCCACAUGGUCCAGACCUC